AUGCCCUCCUACUCACUCAUCGGCUACCCCAUCUCCCACUCGCUCGCCCCCUCCCUCCACAAUGCCUGCUUUGACCUCGAAGGCUCCGAGAGCAGAUACGAGCUGUGGAGCACGAGCCGGCUGAACGAGCGGGUCCUCCACUGGCUCCGCAGCGAUGUGUGCGGCGGGUCCGCCGUGACCAUGCCCCUCAAAGCUGCAAUCAUACCCCACCUCGACGAGAUUAUGGCCGAAUCAAAACUCACCGGCGCGGUCAAUACGAUCGUCAAGGUCGGUCCAAGGCUCGUCGGUACAAAUACAGACUACCUCGGUAUACUCGCCUCCCUCCAGGCUGCUCUGGGUUCGAGAUCAGUUCAGAGAUCCCCGGCGGCGGUGAUAGGCGGAGGAGCUACGACGCGGUCUGCUAUCCUUGCGCUGCAUAGGCUGGGGCUGGGGCCGAUCUACCUUGUGAACAGGGAUGAGGGGGAGGUGAGGGGUACGAUCGAGUGGUUUGCGGGUACAGCGCUGCAACUGGACUUGGUACAUUUGCGGAAUACGCAAGAUGUCGAUAGGCAGUGUGCGGAGGGACCAAGUAUCGUCGUUGGGGCCAUACCAGCUAUCCUACCCCAAACACCCGCAGAGCGCCAAGUCUACGCUACAGCCACACACCUGUUCACGCUCCCCUCCUCCUCAUCCCGCAUCUUCCUCGAUAUGGCGUACUAUCCCCGCCCGACACCUUUGACGCAGAUCGCGCGCGGGCUCGGGUGGAGUACCGUAGAUGGGAUGGAAGCGAUGAUUGAGCAGGGGUUGGCGCAGCAGCGGAUGUGGCGCCUGGGCGAUGCGUCGGUCGAGGCGGGAACGAGACGGGGGGUGCUGAGUGAAGAGACAGAGAAGGAGGUCAGGAGAAGAAUGGCAGUUGCGCCGGAUGUCAAGACCGAAGGUGUAGAAGUAGACCGUGCAGAUGAGACAUAG